AUGCGAAAGGGGAGCUGUUGGAAUUCAAAUAGACUUUCUGGUUCCCAGCAGUCGGCAGUAAUAGAAUGCUUUCAGGAAGAUGACAAAAUCAGGAGAAAGAUGCUGUUUUGCACUAUCUUGAUUUGUUACAGCAGCCAACUUAUUGGCAUGAUGGAGUGACAGGAAAAACAGCUGGCAUGGAAGAUGAAAGAGAAGAUGUUCAAAAGAAAACAUUCACAAAAUGGAUAAAUGCACAAUUUUCUAAGUUUGGGAAGCAGCACAUAGAGAACCUCUUCAGUGACCUGCAAGAUGGGAGACGCCUCCUAGAUCUCCUUGAAGGCCUGACAGGGCAAAAACUGCCAAAAGAAAAAGGAUCCACAAGAGUUCAUGCCCUGAACAAUGUCAACAAGGCACUGCAGGUUUUGCAGAAAAAUAACGUUGAUUUAGUGAAUAUUGGAAGCACUGACAUAGUAGAUGGAAAUCAUAAACUGACUCUUGGGUUGAUUUGGAACAUAAUCCUCCACUGGCAGGUCAAAAAUGUAAUGAAAAAUAUCAUGGCUGGAUUGCAACAAACCAACAGUGAAAAGAUUCUCCUGAGCUGGGUCCGACAAUCAACUCGUAAUUAUCCACAAGUUAAUGUCAUCAAUUUCACCACCAGCUGGUCGGAUGGCUUGGCUUUGAAUGCUCUCAUCCAUAGUCAUAGGCCAGACCUGUUUGAUUGGAAUAGUGUGGUUUGCCAGCAGUCAGCCACCCAACGAUUGGAACAUGCAUUCAACAUCGCUAAACAACAACUAGGCAUAGAGAAACUACUUGAUCCUGAAGAUGUUGCCACCACUUAUCCAGAUAAGAAGUCCAUCUUAAUGUAUGUCACAUCACUCUUCCAAGUUUUGCCUCAGCAAGUGAGCCUUGAAGCCAUCCAGGAAGUGGAAAGAUUGCCAAGGCCAUCAAAAGUUACUCAAGAGGAACAUUUUCAAUUGCAUCAUCAAAUGCACUAUUCUCAACAGAUCACUGUCAGUCUAGCGCAGGGCUAUGAGCGAACUUCUUCCUCUCCUAAACCUCGGUUCAAGAGUUAUGCGUACACACAGGCUGCUUAUGUCACCACUUCUGACCCUACACGGAAAACACUUUCUCCACAGCUUUUGGAAGCUCCUGAAGACAAGUCACUUGGCAGUUCAUUGAUGGAGACUGAAGUCAACCUGGACAGUUACCAAACAGCUUUAGAAGAAGUACUCUCAUGGCUUCUUUCUGCUGAGGAUGCCUUGCAAGCACAAGGAGAGAUUUCUAAUAAUGUAGAAGAAGUGAAAGAACAAUUUCAUACUCAUGAGGGAUACAUGAUGGAUUUGACAUCCCACCAGGGACGGGUUGGUAAUGUUCUACAAUUGGGAAGUCAGCUGAUUGGAACAGGAAAAUUAUCAGAAGAUGAAGAAACCGAAGUACAAGAACAAAUGAAUCUCUUAAAUUCACGUUGGGAAUGCCUCAGGGUAGCUAGCAUGGAAAAACAAAGCAAUUUACAUAAAGUCUUGAUGGAUCUCCAGAAUCAGCAGCUGAAAGAAUUGAAUGACUGGUUAACAAAAACAGAAGAGAGAACAAAGAAAAUGGAAGACGAGCCCCUUGGACCUGAUCUUGAAGACCUAAAACGCCAAGUACAACAACAUAAG